CUCGCCCUCCUCUCCGACCCUUGCUUCCAUGCUCGGUACCGCGACUUCCAUGGAGCUCCCCCCAUGCUGGGCUUCCUUUGUUCCUCGCGCUCCAUCUCCGAAGAUAACGACCCGUACUUCUUCCCCACCACGAAAUUCCGUGCGCGCAUUCCCGACGACGACUGGGAGAAGUUCCGCUACGCUGCGUGGGACUGCCGCCAUGGCCGCGUUCUCCUCGCCGAUGACUGUUUCAUCCCUGAUUCCCUCGUCGUUUGGAACCCCAUGACGGGCUGCCGGAGGGAGCUGGACCAGCCCGGCCAUGUCGGCAGCAUCUAUGCGGCAGUGGUGCUCUGUGCGGUGGCCGGCUGUGACCACCGUGCGUGCCACGCAGGCCCCUUCCAGGUGGCCUUCAUCGGUACGACUUAUGAUGAUGGCGAAUGCUUUGCAAGGGCAUGCGUGUCGAUGCCGAUGACGAUGACGACUGAUCGGAGCAAGCCGUGCUCUCAUUCUGGUCUUGAUAAGUGGGGCGAGCCGUGCUCUCCUCUUCAUGUUGGUGACUACACUCCAUUCUGGGACGAAAUCGCCCCUGUCUUCCUGGAAGACGCACUUUACGUCAACCUCAUGUAUCAGCAAGAUGAUCACAUAGAAAUUCUCAAGUACGACUUGGGAUCUAACUGCUUAUCGCUGAUUCAUGCACCGUUGGCUGGGUCUAUCCGUCACAAUGCCGCUAUCCUCAUGGCCAUGGAGGAUGGCAGUCUGGGGUUUGCACAUGUGGACCAGGUAACCCUCCAAUUGUGGUCAAGACAUGGAGAUUCUGACGGAAUUGGGUCAUGGACUCAGCGUACUAUCAUCCAUCUUAAUAACCAUCUCCCCCUUCAAAUUCCCAAUAAAAGACUUAGACUGAUUGGAUCUCUGGAGGGCGGUGAUACCAUUUUCGUGAACACGGGCCUUGACAACUACGAGCUUAAUCUCAAGACAUUACGGUGGAAGACAAUACAGAAGAGAGAAAAGCUUUAUGUUUUGAUUCCGUACAUGAGUUUCUACAAUCCACAAGAAAAAGUGAUCACUGGUGAUGUGGCGCACUGACAAUGUAUGGUUGAGUAUGCUUGGGGUAGGAGGCCACUUUCAUCAAGAAGAAAUUCGAGGCUAGAAGGGUAAUCGCUAUUUAGUAGUUGGUUUUGUGCACCGGUGCUUGUUUUUCAUACUGUUGUUGGCUUUGGCCACUAAGCUUAUAAUUUCCCCGUGAGUAGCAAUGUGUAAGCGAAUGAAUGAGUUAUCUUGUAAUGAACCAUCAGUUUCUUGCGGCGUCAGCUAUGUGCUCUCUUUUUAGUAGCCAUGUACUGUACAUUUUGCUGUCCCAACUCUGAUCCAUAAUUUAUAUUCAUCUCAAAAGAUGUUCCAUUGAAGAGAACAUGCGCAAGAGAUGAUACGAUGAUGAUUUCUGCAUGUUGGCAUGCUGAUGUGCCCUAAUUAAUCUUGUAGAUUUAGUUAGUGUUGAUGAUCAGAUGUUGAUGACUGACCACCCUCAGGGAGCUACCAUUAAAACCCGCUUCAACGUUGCAGAUUUUAAGUUUGUUGCAGAUGCUCCUGGAAGAAUUUCUCUCUGCAACCUGGUGUAGGCUAGCAAUCAGCAUUUGCAGAGAGCAGGGUGAUCAUAGGAUCAACAUCAUGAUCAUAUGGCAAGUUGUGCUUCUGUCAGGUCUCCUCUUCAGGCAGAAGCAAAAGCUCUUCUCAUUCCAACUGAGGUUGCAAAAUUAAUUCAGAUUCAGUAGGCAACAGAUAACUAUCCAACUGACGAAGAUGAUAGUGGUGGUUCAGAAAAAUAUAGACAGUAGCGAGUGAAUUGGUUUUCUUCUAAUGAACCUCUAUGUUCUUGCAGCAUGAGAGAUGUGCUCUGUUGUUUCUGUAGACAGUAGCUUAGUCUUACCCUUUUCUAAACUAUACUAUUUGCUCUCCCAGCUCUGAUGCAUUCUUUAAAUUCAUCUCAAAGGAUGUCCAUUGCUGAGCUGAGGAGAUGAUGAAAGUAUAUCCAGGGUUAGUUGUUCUGUCAUCCAAGAAUUGAUAUAAUGAUGGUUUCUGCAUGCU